CUUCACAUAUAUUCAACGACAAUAAAACAAACAAAAAACAGUAAACGACAAGAUGCACACACAAUUAUACAAUGUUUUGCCACCUGGGGUAAAUACUCAGUCACAAUCCCAUUUAAGAUCACAAACUUCCCAUUUAUCAAAUACACCACUGAUUUAUUCUCAUUAUUAUCCAAAUGAUACGGUGUCACAAUCAACUCAUCAACACCAUCACCAUCAUCACCAACAACAACAUCGGGAGUUGUCACAGAUUACUUCAACAACCCCACCACCACCACAGACCGGAGCAGGAGCAGCAUCGUCUAAUUACCUAGAAAAUGUACCUGUUAUAGAAAAUUAUCAGUUAUCGAAUGAAUCUAGACAUGUAACUGAUACUGAUAGUUUAUUUUCAACUAUUGCACCAUAUACAACUAACUCACUUUCAACACCAUCCUCGUUGUCAUCAUCCUCAUCCUCAUCUACGUCGAUAUCCUCUUCAACUUUAAUGCCCGAAACAGCAAUCGAUUAUAAUAAUCGUGGACAUUUAAAUUAUGCUCUAUCUUAUUUAUCAAAUCAGACAAGUAAUAACAAAAAUUUUAUCAAUUCAAAUUCAUAUCAUUCAUUGAAUCGUUUACAACAAAUAAACUCGUCAAAAGAAUCAAUUAGUGCGAAUCAUUUAAAAUUAUUAUAUCCUCAAUGUUAUGUUACCCCACCGACAUUGAAUGAAGAUUUAUUGGAUACUUCACAAUCGAUUGGAUCAUGUGAUACUUCAGUGGCAAACAUAUGGCCUCAAUCAAUUAUUAGUGCUCAAUAUUCAACAAAUUUUUUAUCGUCAUAUUCAACAGGGAUGGCAGCUGCUGCAGCAGCGGCUGCCGUAGCUGUCCAUUCAACAUCUUUUGAUUAUACACAACCAUCAAUGAUGUUAUCCCCUUCAGGAUCAAAUACAACACAACAUUGUCGCCAUUUAAAUGACAGACAUUUAGGAACUAAUAAUAAUAAUAACAAUAAUAAUAAUUCAAAUAUAUGUAAUAAAACAACAGGACGUAUAAAAUCAAUAAAUUAUUUAACGUCUACUCCAAUUUCAUCUCAUGUUAAUGUAAAUAGUCAUAUUUCAGAGACAAAUUUUUCAUUACCAACCUAUUCUUCUGUAUCAACAUCAUCAUCAUCUUGUUUACCUUCUGCAACAUGUGAAUUAUAUAAUAUACCACAACAUAUUUUAUCUAAUCGUUUAUCAAUGAAUCAACAUAUAGCUUCCACUACAUUAACAUCUAUACCAACUGGUGAAGUAAGAAAUUUAAUCAAUAAUGAAUUAUAUUAUUGUCAAUGGAUUGAUCCAGUACCUACAAUACCUGGUUCUAUACCGAAACCAUGUUCUAGAGUGUUUGAUUCAGUUACGGAAAUAGUUAAUCAUAUAACUUUAGAACAUGUUGGUGGUCCAGAACAAUUAGAUCAUACAUGUUAUUGGAAAGAUUGUAUACGAGAUGGUAAACCAUUUAAAGCAAAAUAUAAAUUAGUUAAUCAUAUUCGUGUACACACUGGUGAAAAACCAUUUCCAUGUCCAUUUAGUGGAUGUAUGAAAGUAUUUGCACGUAGUGAGAAUUUGAAAAUUCACAAAAGAACACAUACUGGUGAAAAACCAUUUGUUUGUGAAUUUGAAGGAUGUGAUCGUCGAUUUGCUAAUAGUUCCGAUAGAAAAAAGCAUAUGCAUGUACAUAUGAAUGAUAAACCAUAUUUUUGUCGAUUUAAAGGAUGUGAUAAAAGUUAUACACAUCCUAGUUCAUUACGUAAACAUUUACGUGUACAUUAUUUGUCACCGAAUGAUGCAUUAAAUCCAACAGACUAUGAUGCACAUUCGAACUCAAGUGAUACAAUCAAUAAUAAUAAUAAUAAUAAUAAUAAUAAUAAUAGUGAUAAUAAUCAACUUAAUACAAAUGAUUCACGUACAUGUACGCGUACUAAUAGCAUGAAUAUGACAGAAUUUCCAACACGUGAGUCUCAUAAUUCCGUUAAUCCUACAAAUUAUUUUUAUCCUAUGAUGAAUCGAGAUAAUGUUGACUGUUUACGUAAUAAUAAUUGUACUGGUAAUAGUACGACUACUACUACUGCUACUCACAAUAACAAUAAUAACAGUUGUACUAGUACACUGAAUAAAUUGAGAAAAAAAACUCAAGAUAGUCCUAUACAUACUUCAGAUUUUUCAUUACGUAAAGCUUCAAGAAAACGUCAUUAUUCUACUAGAAAUGAAUAUGAUUCAGAGAGUUUUACACAUGUUACUACAACUACAACUACUAAUAUAACUAGUAGUAGUAUUAAUAUUCGAUCACCAUCUUCAAAAGAUUUUAUGUCACAGUUAGCAGCAGUAGUAUGUGGUCCAACUGAAAAAGAGUUUAAAUCCCAACGAAAUAAUUUAAAUUAUAAUGAAUUUCAAGAAACGAUUCAACAACAUUCUGAAAAUAUUUCACAAUUUCGUAAUGAUACAUUUAUGUGGGGACAAUUAGAUAAUGAACUCCCUAUAACGAAUAACCGUAAUAAUAAUUAUAAGAAAACAAAUACUAAUCUAUCUUAUUUAUCAUCCAAUCAUAAUAUUGAUCCAUUUUUAUCAAGUUCACGCAUGUAUUCAUCAUUAAAUUUUGGACAGUCUUUAUCAACAUUAUCACAAAUAACACCAUCUUCUCCAACAGACAUUAUAACACAACAUGAAAUGAAUAUAGAUAGUGUAAAGAUGAAAUCUGAUCUAUUAAAUUUAAAUCGCUCUUAUGAAUUACAUAACAAUGUAACUAAUAAUAAUAAUAGUAAUCCAUAUGUUAAUUUACAUCACCAACAACAUGAAGAACAAAUGGAUCAUUUACAACAUUCAUCAUCACAAUAUACAUUGAAUGAAUAUACUCAAAAUUUAUUUCAUGCAAAUGAUUUUUUAAUCGAAACUCAAAAAAAUUUUGGAUUAAUAAAACAUCCUUAUUAUCAUACACAACAACAACAACAACGUCAAGGAUCAUAUUGUUUUUUACCAUCAUCACAUCAAUAUCAUUCCGAUAACCAACAAUCUCAAGAAUCUCAACAUUUUCAACGGCAACAAAUGAAUUCCUCUCCAAAAUUAUAUAAUAAUUUAUAUUCACUUGAUACAAAUCUUUUAUAUACGUGUAAUAAUAAUAAUAAUAUUAAUAAUAAUUCACAAUCUAUGCAUAAUUUACAACAGCAUCAAAAACAUUUAACAUCAGAUAAUAUAUUAACACAACAAUCACAACAACAUUCAGUGUAUUCAGAAACAAGUCAUCAAUCGAAUUCAACGGAUUCUGAUUUAGAAAAUAGUAGUAUUUUAUUUAAAACUAAUUUAUCAGCAAAUAAUUCAUUUAUAAAUAUAAAUAAUAAUAAUAAUAAUAAUAAUAAUAAUAAUGGUAAUUCUAUCAUAUCUUGUACUGGUAAUAUCCUAUCUACAAUAAAUAAUGAUCAUAAUAAUUUAUCCAUGACAAAUGUACCAGUAAUUUCUACACCGACUAUAAUAACAAGUUGUGAAACAAAUUCAUCAACAAUUUCAUUAUUCUCACAAUUGAAUGAAAAUAAAUUAAAAGAGAAUUUAGAAGUGAAUAAUAGUAAUAAUAUUAGUAAUAAUAAUAAUAAUAAUAAUAAUAAUAAUUCUACAGAUUUAUUAUUAUCAGAAACAUUACCCUGUGGAGUACAAUUUCCUGUAGCUAAUUCAUUAUCAAGUUGGCUUUCAUUAAAUAAUAGAAAUGGAAUAUCAGUUACAAAUUAUUUAGGAUGGUCAAUGUUAAAUAAUGAUAAAACAAUGAUAACAUCUAAUAUAAGUAAUAAUACCGAUGAAUUAACUCAUCACUCUUUAGACAAUAAUAAUAAUAAUAGUAAUCAGAUAGAUGAGAUAAACAGUAUUGAUCGUAUACCCUCAACGGUACAUCAUCAAAUGAAAUGUUGUGAGAAUUUCGAUAAUAUUCCUUUAUCGAACAAUAAUAAUAAUAAUAGUUUUCUUAAUAAUGAUAACGAGAAAGAUACCAGUAAUCAAUGUACAUUCACAAAAAAUAAAAUAAAAGAUUCAAUAAUUUCCCCGUAUAUUACAAAUUGUGCAUUUUCAUAUAUUUGUAAUGCAAAUGAUGAGCAUAAAUUGCAUGAUAAAGAAGAAAAUGAUAAACGAAAUAAAAUAGUUGAACAUAAGAAUGAUUAUAUUGACAACUAUUAUUCGUCAUCAUCUUCUACAAUAAUAGAUUGUGUUAAUAAUUCUUCAACUUUAUGCUCAAUGAUAAAUAAUUCAGCUAUUCAUGGAAACAUUAAUAAUAAUAAUAAUAACAAUAUUACUACUACCGGUACUACUCCUUUUCUUUCUGUUACAACUACUACUAUUACUACUAAUGCUAAUAAUGAUAAUGAUAAUAAUAAUGAUAAAUAGCAUAUAUGACACUUUACAAGUUAAAUAAUUCAAUUUCUAAUCUAUUUUUUUAUACUUCCAUUAUAAUUCUCUUCUACUGAAGAUUAUUUAUUUACGUAAUUCAUUGGUCUAUUUGAUUAUCUCCAAUCCCUCCCCCUCCCGGUGUACAUAAAUAUAUUCAGCUCUUAUUUUCAAUUCUAAUAUAUAUAUAUAUAUAUAUAUUUGAAAUAUUUCAAUUGUGCCAAAAAGCCCAUAGAAUAAUUUUCCUACAAAGUCAAGCUUCACUCAUUGACAGUAUUGUUUUUUUUCGAAUACUUUCAUUAUGACUAUCAGUCUCAUGUUAAGUCGCUAAAGUAAGAUAAACCAAACACACUCUAUUCAUUUCAUUUGAUAUUAUAAUUGAAUUGCAAAGUAUUGUGUUACUAAUUUUUUUCUGUUUUCUCUUGGAACUUUUCAGCAUCAUGUUCCUUCCUAUUCCAUUUUAUCCACGCCAUUUUUUUCUGUCAUUAUUUUAUCUAUCUGAUUCUGUAGAAUAUUAUUCUUAGACUACUUUUAAUAGUUAUGUAACAUUCAUUAUCUUCACAGUUUUGCAUUCACUCACUCACUCACUCACUUACUUUCUAUCCCAUAUACCCCCAAACUAGUUUCUACAUUUCUUUUUUAUCAUUUAAAUGAAAAUCUCUACUUAUUUGUUUGUUUGUUCAUUUAUACACUUAUCAUUCUUCUUUAUUUACUCAAUGAGAAAACAUAAAAAAUAAAUGAAACAGUUUUUUUCUUUUACAUGAGAUGAAAAACUUUUCUUCAGAGAUUCUUUAUUUGUGUUUACUGCAAUAAUGAGCACAAUAAUUUUUUUUCAUUUUAUGAAUGGUCAUUAUGAUGAAGUUAAUAAUAACAUUGACGAUGAAAUCAUUCUCUUUUUUUUACUCAGAAAUGUAGAUAUAAUAAUAAUAUAUACAUACAUACAUACAUUUAUCAUUGUUAACUCGAUCAUGUAAUAGGUGAUUGCAUAACAGAAUAAAUUUUAUGUUUUAAAAUAAAUGAUUGAAUUAUUGAAUACCUUUUUUUUAAAUUUUUUUUAGAAUUAUUUCUGAAUAUCAUGUUCAGUAUUGCCGAGUUUUAAUGACAAAUUAAAAGAAAUAAUAAAUUUUUUUGAUGAUAUCAACAUUGUACCAUCAGUUAUUUGAAGAGUAUACAUAUUGGACUUGUUAUCUAGGUUGAAGUGUAGGUCCAUGUUUUCUUGUUGAUUAUUUUCAGGUUUUUGUUACAAAAAAUAACUCUUUUUAUUGUGAUAAGGUAAUCAGAUAAUUGGUGUUAUUAUCAGGUUAUAUGAAAAAGUUGUUUUGUUUAAAUUUAUAAAUUUUGGUCGAC